AUGUCUGUAUUUAAUCAAUUUAAAAAGUUAUUUGGUAGUGGUUCAUUUCUUGGUCACUCUGAAGAAGCGCAAAGCAUAAAGAUAAGACAAGAUAAAAAUAUUAAAAAAUCAGAAGCAUCUGUUUAUAAAGGAUUAGAACAAUACACAUUAUUACACAAAUUGGGAGAAGGAGCCUUUUCUAAGGUAUAUGAAGCAAUUGAUAAUAGAACAAGCCAGCAUGUAGCAAUAAAAAUAGUUAGAAAAUUCGAACUAAAUCAGAUUAAGAAAGCAAACGUCUUGAAAGAAGUUCAAAUUAUGCGUACAUUAAAUCAUUCUUCAAUUGUGAAGCUACUUAGUUUUAUUGAAACCAAAAAUUAUUAUUUCUUAGUUUUAGAAUUAAUGAAUGGUGGAGAAGUAUUUCAUCAAAUCGUUCAUUUAACUUAUUUUAGUGAAGAACUUGCUAGACAUUGCAUAAGACAAGUAGCUGAAGGUAUUCGAUAUCUUCAUGAAGAAAGAGGUGUUGUUCAUAGAGAUAUUAAGCCUGAAAAUAUUUUAUUUGAACCAAUACCAUUUAUGGAACGAAGGAUCCCGACUACACGAUGGCAACAAAAUGAAGAUGAAUCAAAGGAAGAUGAAGGUGACUUCGUACCUGGUCUUGGAGGGGGUUGUAUUGGGAAAGUAAAGAUAGCUGAUUUUGGCUUAUCAAAAGUGAUUUGGGAUAAACAUACAAUGACUCCGUGUGGUACAGUUGGAUAUACUGCACCUGAAAUAGUAAAGGAUGAACGAUACUCAAAGUCUGUUGAUAUGUGGGCUUUGGGUUGUGUACUCUAUACUAUGCUCUGCGGAUUUCCUCCGUUUUAUGACGAAAACAUUGCUACACUAACUCGGAAAGUUGCAAAAGGAAAAUAUAGUUUCCUAAGCCCCUGGUGGGAUCAUAUCUCUAUCGAUGCUAAGCAUCUUGUUCAAAACUUACUGGUAAUUAAUCCAAAAAAGAGAUAUACAAUAAAUCAAUUUUUAGCUCAUCCAUGGAUGUUGAAACAGGAUAAACUGAGUACUCCUAUUUCUAUUGUUAAAAGUGACAUUGCAUCAUCGUAUACUAUCCCUAAUAUAAAAAGAGAAGAUAAUUAUAGUAUAAGAGCUGAAAAUAUAAAAAAUGAACCUUGUGAUAAUAACACUCCAUAUUUGCUAAAGAUAUCAAAUCCUGCAACGACUUCUGUGGCAGUUGAAACAAUUUCAAUAGCUCCAUCAUUACCUAGGGACAUACCACCUCAAUCUUCAAAAAAAAGAAAAGAACUUUUUCUAUCUGGAAUUACUACAAUGAAGGAGAUGUUUGAUGUAUCUUAUGCAGUACACAGGCUGGAGGAAGAAGGAGUAAAACAUAAAGAGAAUAAAAAUUCAGUUCAACAGCAAACAUUUGAGAGUCAUUAUCGCAUGUAUCCAUUUCGUGAUCCACUAUCACUUGUUUCAGAUAGUGAUAGUGAUGAAGAAAAUAUCGAUAAGUUUGUAUCCUUCCUUUCUCUGUCAGUUAAUGCCAAUAAAGCUAAAAAAAAGGAUAAUUACCACCGACAAACUGGAUCCUCAUUAAAUAAAACAACGGGCAGUAACUUAUUAACUAAACAGCUAUUAAUGAACAUGAAAGCCGAUAAUUUACCCGUCAUCAGCCAACAAGUAACGCCAUCAUUUGAUUUAAAUAUGAAUAAUGCUACUUUACUUGAGAGGAGAAAAAACUCACUGCUUGUACGUCAAUCUGAAUAA